CCACAACUCAACUUUUAAGAUCUUGCCCAUCAUCAAUAUGGAGGAUCGCUCAUUCGAACGUAUGCUUGUGGCCGGCAAUAGCCAGGUCAAUAUCUGGGAGCGCCUACAACCAUUCCUAGUUCUGACUUCCUCGACUGCCCUCGUAUUCACAGGAUGCGGCAUCAAUUUCACAUUCGGUGUCUAUCAGGAGCUCUACGACUCCAUGUCGAAAAUCCCAAACACCCCGUUCACUGGAGCAUCACCAGCGCAGAUUGAUCUCAUCGGAACACUAUCCAUCGCCUUGAUGACUAUCGGAGCCCCGUUUACUACAGCCUGGACCAAGCAGUACUCGCCACGAGCAGUCAUAUGGAGUGGGGGCGUAAUCUAUGCUGGAGCACUAGUUCUUGCCAGCUUUAGCCAAGCGCUUUGGCAAUUCAUCCUCACACAGGGCUUCCUUUUGGGAAUCGGAACGUGCAUGGCCUACAUGCCUUCGGUGACCGUUGCGCCAACAUGGUUUUCUCGUCAUCGUGGCCUCGCUAUGGGCGUGAUUCUUUCGGGUACUGGCGUUGGAGGUGUCGUCUGGCCACUUGCUUUCCGGUCGCUCAUUGAACGUGUUGGAUUUCGAAUUACCCUCCGUAUAACGGCGGGUAUUUCGUUCGCUCUGAUUAUGGCAGCUGGAUCUUUUAUGAAGUGGCCAGCCAGCCAAAUGUCUCGCAUUCAAACCGAGAACGCGGCGAAUGCGCGCCGAUUCAACUUUCUUCGAAUCCCACUGAUCGAUUGGCGCGUCGUGCGAACUCGCAAAUUUGCGGCACAUGCCCUGGGUGCAGCCCUUCAAUCUGCAGCCUAUUAUACCCCGGUAUUCUUUUUCGCUUCUUUUGCCCGAACCCUGGGAUACUCGCAAGCCACUUCAGCCAAUUUUAUUGCCAUCUCGAAUGCCGCCAACGCCCUGGGAAAAAUUGUCAUUGGAUAUGCUGCUGAUCGAAUGGGACGACUCAACACUUUGUUCCUGACCACCAUGGUCUCGGCCAUUGCCGUUCUGGCAUUGUGGCUACCGUCGGCACUUUCAACCAGUGCGGCCAGUGGGAGCACACUUUUCAUCAUAUUCACCAUUUUCUAUGGAAUCUUCGCUUCCGCAUACGUAUCCUUGUUUCCGACCAGUCUGGUCGAACUUUUCGGCGUCCAGAACUUCGUUAGUGUCAAUGGUGCUUUAUAUAUGGUCCGAGGACUUGCGACACUACUCGGCACUCCUGUCGCUGGGUUGCUGAUUCGGAGCAACCAACAGCAAACGGCAAGCCCAAGGAGCUAUGAGAACACGAGUAUCAUGGUUGGAGUUCUCCUUGCUGCCGCCACGUUUGCGGUCCUCUGGGUGAGAAUCGAGGCGACCGUAACGCUGGAAGGAGGUCAAGGGCACCGACGGAAGUGGUUGAUGUAGAGAGAAAUUGGAUUUGGG